GCAAGAGUGUGAAUGGGGAACUUGGGUCUAAAUCAUUUGAUGGUGGAGACGAUGCGGCGGGGAAUGAGGUGGAUUCUAGUGAACAGGUAUGUACCAUUAAGAACCUUGAUAAUGGGAAAGAGUUUGUAGUAAAAGAGAUUAGAGAAGAUGGGAUGUGGAACAAGUUGAAGGAAGUUGGGACUGGGAGGCAGUUGACCAUGGAGGAGUUCGAGAUGUGGGUUGGGCAUUCUCCGAUUGUUCACGAACUGAUGAGGAGACAGAAUGUGGAAGAGGGUAAUAAGGAUAGUGCAGAUUUGGAUGCCAAUGGCAGUGGUGGUGGUGGUGAUGUUUCCAAGUUUAAGAAGAAAGGGAGUUGGUUUAAGAGCAUAAAGAGCGUUGCGAGUAGUGUCACUGUAAAGGGCCAUAAGGAAAGGCGAAGUAGCGAAGAAAGGGAUACCUCAUCUGAGAAGGGUGGAAGGAGAUCGAGUUCUGCCACGGAUGAUAGCCAGGAUGUUUCUUUUCAUGGGCCGGAGCGUGUGAGGGUGAAGCAGUAUGGAAAAUCUUGUAAAGAACUCACUGCUCUUUACAAGAGCCAAGAGAUUCAAGCGCACAAUGGGUCCAUUUGGAGUAUUAAGUUCAGUUUGGAUGGAAAGUACCUUGCUAGUGCAGGUGAGGAUUGUGAAAUUCAUGUAUGGAAGGUAGUUGCAUCGGAGAAGAGAGGGGAGUUGAUGGAAAAGGUUGAUGAUGGGAAUUUGAACUUCUUGCUUGUCGCUAAUGGAUCUCCAGAAACAACUAUGUUGUCCCCAAUUGCAGAUCACCAUCCUGAGAAGAAGAGAAGAGGAAGGUCUUCUCUAAGCCGCAAGUCAUUGAGCCUGGACCCUAUUGUGGUGCCAGAUACUGUUUUUGCACUUUCAGAUAAACCUUUUUGUUCUUUUCAAGGACAUUCGGAUGAUGUGCUUGACCUCUCAUGGUCCAAAUCUCAGCAAUUGCUGUCAUCUUCAAUGGACAAAACAGUGAGGCUUUGGGACUUGAUUAGCAAGACUUGUUUGAGAAUAUUUUCACACAUUGAUUAUGUAACUUGCAUCCAGUUUAAUCCAGUUGAUGAUAAAUACUUUAUUAGUGGGUCCCUAGAUGCUAAAGUUCGCAUAUGGAGCAUUCCUGAUCGUAAAGUUGUCGAUUGGAAUGAUCUGCAUGAAAUGGUCACUGCUGCUUGUUAUACACCUGAUGGCCAGGGUGCAUUGGUUGGCUCUUACAAAGGAAGCUGCCAUUUAUACGAUACUUCUGAGAACAAGUUACAACCGAAAAGUCAAAUCAAUUUGCAGAAUAAAAAGAAGAAAGCUCAUCAAAAGAAAAUUACAGGUUUCCAGUUUGCACCUGGAAGUUCAUCAGAAGUACUCAUCACAUCUGCAGAUUCACGAAUUCGGCUUGUUGAUGAGUCUGAUUUAAUUCACAAGUUUAAAGGAUUUCGGAACACAAACAGCCAAAUCUCAGCUUCUGUUACGACAAAUGGAAAAUAUGUCGUCUCUGCCAGUGAGGACUCCUAUGUUUACGUGUGGAAACAAGAAGCAGAAUCGCGGCCUAGCAGAAACAAAGGAGUCACUGUAACAUACUCUUAUGAGCAUUUCCACUGUAAAGAUGUAUCAGUGGCCAUCCCUUGGCCGGGCAUGUCUGACACAUGGGGAGUAAGAGAUGCGCAAUUGAAUGAUCAAAAUUGUUUUGAUGACACUAUCGAUGAAGUUUCUACAGCCAAUCAUCCUCCUACACCCGAUGAGGAGUACAGUGGAAACGAGGGUUCAUUAUCAGCAUCCGGGUGCACCAAUAGCCCUCUCCACGGAACCAUUUCCAGUGCAACCAAUAGCUACUUCUUUGACAGAAUCUCAGCUACAUGGCCAGAGGAAAAACUUCUUUCGGCAACUCGGACCAGGAGCCGCCGGAUCAGUUUGGACUAUACCUCAUGGGUUAAUCCAAACAUUCCAGCCUGGCGUAUGGUGAUUGUGACUGCUGGCCUACGAGGUGAGAUCAGAACUUACCAAAAUUUUGGAUUGCCGGUUCGAAUUUGAUGAACCAAAAAAAGAAAAUGGUAGGUAGCAUCAAAGGGUUGGGGAGGGGGGAAUGAGUUGAUAAUGUGUCAAUACAAUCCUUUCCCUCCCUUUGGUUAAAAUUGUGUACAGAGAGUGAGAUAUUGGUUGAGAUUUGUAAUAUUAGCUGACUUUCAUUUCUUUCUUUGUUCCUCUGCCCAUUGGAUGUGGGGGGCAAUGGAAAGCCACUCCAUUUGAGCAUUGAGGAAAGUAUAGAUUUGUUCAGAGAAAAAGAAAAAAGAAAAAAGAACUACACCAUGAAUUUAGAUACCGAUGUAUUUUCUGAUGUCGGAAAUUGUAGAGUUAAGAUGAUAGGGCGAAAAGCCUAUUGAAUUGAAAAUGAAAUUCUUUUACUA